GGCAACUUGUGUCAACUGGCAACAUUAGUUUGAUGAUUGAUGUUUCACGUACGGAUGUAGAGAAAGUAAUUUGUGAUUUUUCCAAGUUUAUCUCGUUUAUACGUGAAAUGAUCAUUUCCGUGUCGUGAGAAAUGCUCUUAUUGCUAUUUAGAGUCAAUCGCGAACGUGAAAUAAAAAGUGUUAUAACGUCAAAAUGUUGGGAGACCGCUAUGACUGAUCGUCUUUACCGUGGCUGUUUAUAGUGUUUUUAUGAGUGUGUUUAAAAGUCAAUGGGAAGGAUGCCGAGGGGAGAACACAGGCCUAGCACCCUGUUGUCGCGGGAUGAGAACGAACAGGUGUUCAGCCUCAUUGGACCUAAGUGCCAGAGCUUAGCGACGGCCGUCGUUCAAUUGUUCACGACAGAAGGACCCGCACAUUCAGAAUGGAAGAAGAAAGACACGGGUGUGCUUUGCCUCAUCAAGGACAACGGCAGGCGGUCCUACUUCUUCCGCAUUUAUUGCCUGUACCGCAAAGCUAUGAUAUGGGAACACGAAGUCUACCUCCAGAUAGAAUACAAAAGCCCAAGACCUUAUCUACAUACGUUUGAAGCUGAGGACUACAUGACAGCGUUCAAUUUCGCCAACGAAGAUGAAGCCAGGAUACUUAAAGAUACGCUUAUAGAGAAGAUCGAAUUACGGAAACAGAGACGACAAGAACGACGGCAGAAAUCAAUGAUGGCGGCCCGCGUGAACAGCACGACUUCACAACGUUCUGUGCGACAUAACGGCGUCGCGCCGCCAAUGCCGGUCCCCUUACAGCCUCCAAUGCCCACACCACAACCUGUUAAAGCACCUUCAUUCUCAGGUGGUAGUUACACAUUGAAGAGCAAAAAGCCUAAAGGUCGGAAACUAACGAAAGCCGACAUCGGUUCCCCGAAGGACUUCCAGCAUAUAUCCCACGUCGGAUGGGAUGCUAACAAAGGUUUCGAUGUGGACUUACCGGAAGAGGAGAUGAGAUCGUUCUUCUCGAAGGCGGGCAUAUCGGAGACACAACUUCAAGAUCACGACACUAUGGAGUUUGUGUACGACUUCAUAAACUCGCACGGCGGCAUCAACGCCGUCAAGGACGACCUGCACGACGCACCACGACUCAAAAAUUCGAUUCGUUCCCCCGCGCCGCAGUCUGCAUUCCACAAGAGCAUAUUUAAGGGCAAGUUGCUGAUGGAUAAUCUUGGCCACUUGGUUAUGUCUAUGCAAGUAUGCACUGUCCGCAAGGCGAGAACAACCGGAAACGAUAUGUCUAAUAGACUUAUUAUUAUUAUUAUUACGUAUGACAUCACAAAUGAACUAAAAGAAGCGUUAUGGCCAAGAAUUAGCUGA